AUGGUGCAUCACGGAUUUCUCGUCCCAGACAACUACGUCUCCGAGACUCCCGAUGACAAGGACAUGAACAUAUCCAGCGUUUUCUGGGGACUAUCCCUAGGAAUUGCCAUCUUUGCGGCAGUGCAGGCAGGACGGCAAUCUUACCAUUCUUGGAAGCGGAAGCAUAGGAUAACCACUUAUGUUGCCUUGAUUUGGGGCGAGUGGAUAGCAAGUAUCAUCAUUGGGGCUCUUACAUGGUGUUUCCAGCGCGAAUAUGUUGGUCCUAGGGUGGAAAAGGUAAUCUUUUGCAUCAUUGACUUGUCUCUAAAUGUUCGUUUCAUGUACCUGGUCCGGUCUCGCUUGAUCAAGAGUGGACUGUCCAAGUACAUACCUCUCUAUCGGCUCAAUUUGGUCUUGCAGCUCAUGCGCAACACUAAACAGGUGUCUUUGAUUGGUCUGAUGUCGUUACCAAACAAUCUCAGCUAUCUGCAAUUCCAUCCAGUUGCAUACCUCCUGAAGCUCUCCAUCGAAAUGAACAUGGCAGAGCUCACUGCGAAAAUCGCAAAAUCCCAAAACUUGGGUGCCAUUCAGAGACUAAGCUUCAUCACACCCGCAGAACAGAAACCCAAGCAUCAUGAAGGGAGCUCUGUUCAUAUUGAGAUUAGAAACGAUGGAGAUAUUGAGCGAGCAGUCGCACCACCUGGGCGUAUCCAGGUAUCAGUGAAGACCGCUGUGACAAGACAGACGGCUGAGGAAUCUGACGACGCUGAAAGCAGGGAUAGCUCAACGCAAGAGUGA